CAAUAUAACAAAAAUUCUCUUUCGAGAAAAGUUUGAUCUUGAGAGUGAAAUAAACAAAAACAAAGGGAUUUAUAUUUCUUAAAAAUACUUUAUAUUUUUAUUUUUCAUUAGUUAAUAAUCACUUUUUUUGAAAGUAAUAUUUGUAAUAAUCUAUUUGUUUAGAUAUAAAAGUUAUUUUUUUAAAUAAAAUACAAAACUGUCAGAAUAACCUCAAAUAUGACGAAUGAACCUAGUGAACAACACAUUGUACAAGGAAAAUUUGUUUCGGAAAAGAUCUCUAAAAUUAGGUGGCAAAAUGAGCCUUUUGCCGAAACAAAAACAUUUUUAACCGGCAGCUGGGAUAAUCCAAUAAAUAAAAUAACACUGUGGACCUUACAAACAAAUGAAGACGAGGAAUCAGAUCCAGUUGUUGUAACUUCUGAUCCGUGCUAUGGAGAUGUCACAGAAAUUAAGUUUAUAAAUAAAGACUUUUUCGUCGUAUCAUCGUCUGAUGGAACAGUGAAAGUACUUCAAAUUCUGGAAAAUCCAUACUCUAAAUUUAAGGAACAUAUUACGUGGAAAAAUUUACAUUAUUAUUCGACUGGUGAAAAUGCUUGCUGUACUGGUUUUUCUACUUUUGAGCAAGAUAUAGUUUCAGUAGGAGAAGACGGUAGGAUAAAUUUACUUACAGCUCAUCAAAAAGAAAUUGUGAGAUCAAUUGAUACCGCAGAAAGUUGUUCCAUAUGCUGUAUUGAUUUUUUGAAACACAACGAAAUUCUAACAGGAAAUAUUCGUGGUCAUAUGAAAAUUUGGGAUCUUAGAAAUUAUCAAGACAGACCUGUUCCAUUUAUGCUUUCCGAUCAAGUUACGACUGAAGUAACAAGUGUCGCUCAUCAUCCAACUCAAAGACACAUUGUCGUCGCUGGUGGAGGUGAUGGAAGUUUAACUGUUUGGGAUCUUCGUCGAAACACAUAUCCAGUUUCGCAAUUAAACGCCCACGCAAAAUCUGUUACUGAAAUUUUAUUCCAUCCAGAUCGACCAGAUAAUUUAUUUACUUCUUCUACAAGUGGAGAACUUUGGCACUGGAAUAAUGCUAGUCAAUCCAAAAGCAAAUUUGAUAAUGGAGACGCACAUUGGUUAAAUUCUUUCGGUGGUAAAGGAAAAGUGACAGUUUGUGCGAGUGUUCAUAAGCCUAUAAACAGCAUUGACAUUAAUAAAUCAACUUUACUGUUAGGUUGCGACAAUGAAGCUAUUUAUACCAUAAAAAAUGUAAAUUUGUAAACUAGCAAUUUUCCCAUAUGAAAACGAAUUUGAUGAAGUUUUUUUUUGUAAUUUACUCAUUUUGAGACAAUAAAUUAUAUUUGUACAUUUUCAUAAUAAUAGUUUUCCUUUUCAAAAAUUUUUAAUAACUUUUUUCGAUUUCUAAAUUGAAAUUAUUUUUAAAUCCACUUUUAAAAGGCGAUUAAAACAAUCACGUGUUUUGUAAUUAGUUUAUUGGAAUGAAUUAAGACAAUACAAUAAAACAUCAUUCACAAUGUUCAAGAUAUUUGUUCAAAUUACAUUUUUGUUUUUUUUUUUUAUUAAUUAUCAAUAUCCCUUAUAAAUAUAUACAAAAUUGAAAUUCUAUCCCAAAACUUUUUUCGAAGUUAUAAUUAUUUAAAUCAGGUUUCAACAAUAUUUUCAUAAUUUCAGAUUAAAGUGCUUUUCUCUCUUUUAUUUCAUUCAUUAAUAAUUUCAAAAGAAAUACAGUUAAUUGGUAAUUUUUGUCCAAUGACGAUCGAUUGCAAUAUUUGAAGCUUAUUGAAUUAUUUUUUUUUAUAUAAACAAAUAAAGCAGUACAGAAAAACUACAUGUUUAUUAGUCACAAAACGCCUUAAAAGAGUAAUACACCUUUUAAAUCAAUAUUCUUGACAUGUCAGUAACUAUUUAACGCGCAGUACAAAAUGAUCCUAUUACAUCUAUAAGUCCUAAUUUGAAUUUCAACUACUAAUUAAGGCAUUCUAACUUAGACCAUAAAAAAAGAUUAUUAUUCACUUCUCACUUUUCUUUUAUACUCAAUUUUUCUUCACUUAGUAUUAAAAAAAAAAACAU